GCGCGCGGCGGGAGGCGCGCGGCGGCCUGGAGGCGCCCCUGUUCCCCCCCCCCCCUCCCCGCCCGCUGGCUGGCUGGCUGGCGCCUGUCCUGCGGCCCCGGGGCUAAAGUUCCCCGCCGAGGCUGAGGGCGGCGAGAGAGGCCGGGCGGGCAGAGCCGAGCUUGCAGGGAGGGAAAGCGGCGGCGGCGGCGGCGGCGAGGGCAAUGGCGGCGGCGGGCGCGAGCAACCUGUCGGUGGUGGUGCACAAAGCGGGGGACCUGCGCUUGGAAAACCGACCAAUGCCUGAACCAGGUCCCUAUGAUGUGCUUCUGAAGAUGCAUUCUGUUGGAAUCUGCGGCUCCGACGUUCACUACUGGCAGCGUGGGCGUAUCGGGGACUUUGUGGUGAACAGCCCGAUGGUGUUGGGCCACGAGGCUUCAGGAACCGUUGUCAAAGUGGGCUCUUCUGUAACCACGCUGAAGAAAGGUGACCGAGUGGCUAUAGAACCUGGGGUUCCUCGAGAAACCGAUGAAUUCUGCAAAUCCGGGCGGUACAACCUUUCUCCGACCAUCUUCUUCUGUGCGACUCCCCCUGAUGACGGGAACCUGUGCCGUUAUUACACGCACAAUGCUAACUUUUGCUACAAGCUUCCAGAUAACGUCACCUUUGAGGAGGGUGCCCUAAUUGAGCCCCUGUCUGUGGGGAUCCAUGCCUGCCGAAGAGCCGGGGUGACCCUUGGAAGCAAAGUCUUCAUUUGUGGUGCUGGACCAAUUGGACUCGUGACUUUGCUUUGUAGCCAUGAAAGUCGUAGAACUUCACAGAUCUUAUCUGACUUAUCUGCUCCCCGCCUGGAAAAGGCUAAGGAACUCGGGGCCGACUUCACUGUCGAGAUUAAGAAGGAAAGCCCUCAAGAGCUGGCCGAUAGGGUGAAAAACACGUUUGGUUGUAUGCCGGAGAUAACCAUGGAGUGCAGCGGGGCUGAAGCCUCCAUUCAGACUGCAGUAUACGCAACCCGUUCCGGAGGGACAGUGGUGUUGAUUGGCAUGGGACCCGAAAUGGUCACUUUGCCCCUGGUGAGCGCCGCUGCGCGGGAGGUGGACAUCAAAGGGAUAUUUCGAUACUGCAACACGUGGCCCAUGGCUAUUGCGAUGCUCGCAUCGAAGAAAGUGAAUGUCCAGGCGUUGGUGACUCAUCGUUUUCCUUUGGAAAAGGCUCUGGAAGCUUUUGAGACAACUAGAAAGUGCGUUGGAAUCAAAGUCAUGCUGAAGUGCGACCCCAACGACCAGAAUCCUUGAAAAAUCAGAAAGCUGCCCUCUGACCCCUCUCUCUUGUUAGGAGGACAGAGCACAACAAGGCAAGCGCUAAUUGCUCAAGGGCUUUCCCCAGCCCUAAAAUUGCAGAAAUGUGGAAGUAAUCAAUCAUGAUUCUUAAACUCUUUAGCCGAAAACAGAUGUUGAAAUUGAUUGAGUCAACAAAUCGGUAGAAGGUGCUUGACAAUAAACAACGUAGAGUUGAAAUACCUUCA